GAGCUUAUAUUCCAUUCAUCAUACCACACGGUCAUUGAAAAUGACUGUUUAAUCAAUUUUAAAUAGACCAAACGUUAUGUUGAUAUCAGCUGUAGACACACAUGUUUUAUGUAUAACUGAUAUAUUGGGAUAUUCCAUGAAAUAGUAUAUGUAAUUGCAAAUUGAGCAACCCUAUCGAUCUUAUGACGUAUUGUGUUUGUGUCAAGCGGCCCUUGCUACGAAAUCGACCAGCAGGAGGAAGAGGAGGUCAGAGUGAGAAUGAUUGGCGUAUUUCUCGGUAAAAGCAGAAAGCUUUAGGCCGACAACCAGGGAAGUACUAUGUCAUUAUAUUGUUGUGCCUUACGAUGUUCGCGAUAUGAGUUUAAACAACAAUAUUGAGAUGAACCCGACGAGUUAUAGGUACCUGGUGGUCGAUUUCAUAAAUUACCGGCUGAGCCGACAUGGAUAUACAUGGGAUAACUGUCCACCUUUGCAAGCUCGAACAAAUAAUGUUCACAGAACUUUGCGAGCGCUUGGUGAUGAAUUUCAAGAGCGGUUUAGGACUCAGUUUGAUGAUAUGGUGAAUCAGUUACAUAUUACGCCGAAUACAGCAUACCCGACCUUCCAUCAGGUGGUUCAAGAGCUGUUCAUUGACGGUGUAAAUUGGGGUCGAAUCGUAGCUUUAUUCGGAUUCGGAGGUGCAAUAGCAGUAGACUGUGUUAAUAAAGGGAUGCCACAUUUAGUCGAUUCCAUCGUGGAGUGGGUCUCAACAUAUAUAGAAAAUAAUCUGGACCAAUGGGUUACUACCAGUGGAGGUUGGGAUGGUUUCGUGGAAUUCUAUGAGAAAGGAAACACACGGAGGAGGGAAAGCCCCUGGGACAACAUAUCUGGUGUUAUCAAAUACGGCAUGCUGGGAGCGAUCGGCGCUGUGGCCCUCGGGGCAAUUCUUACUCAGAGAACGUGAGGGGCGCACAAACUGGCCGGACCAGUUUCCAUAGUUUCCAUUAUUGCAAAUUUCUGCUUGACAGAUGUGUAAAAAAUAGG